GCCUCUGCCUGGGCCAUGGGGCCGGGGGAGAGAAUCUGGAGGUGAACGUGCCCAGGCCUACGCUCCCGCUGGCCCACCAGGCUCCAGAUGUGUGUCGGGGGAGCAGAAGGAGGUGCUCGGGGCCAAGAGGAAGUGGCAGAAGGGGAAGCAGCAGGCUGCAGAGAGGAGGCAGGUGGGCUCGGGCGGAGGCAGCCUGCCCGACCGGAGCUGCAGUCUGCGCUGCAGCGAGAUGGACGCCAAGGCACGACCCCCCGAGUUGCAGGUGCUGGGAAUGCUGGCCUCGCUGUGGCUCGGCGCCAUGGCUCUUGCCUACGUCCUGUGGCAGGUGCACCUUCCUCCCACCUGCGGCCAGGUGUGCCCCGAGGAAGGGCCCAGCAGGUCCAGGGGCCACGGGGCCAGCCGGGCCUGGGAGCCCCCGAGAGGGGAGGCCCCAAAGCUGCCGCAGGACUCUUGCCGGCUUGUCCUCGUGGAAAGCAUCCCCCAGGACCUGCCCUCUGCAGCCGGCAGCCCGUCUGCCCAGCCCCUGGCCCAGGCCUGGCUGCAGCUGCUGGACGCCGCCCAGGAGAGCAUCCACGUGGCCUCCUUCUACUGGUCCCUCACAGGGGCUGACAUCGGGGUCAACGACUCGUCGUCCCAGCUGGGGGAGGCCCUUCUGCAGAAGCUGGAGCAGCUGCUGGACAAGAACAUCUCCCUGGUGGUGGCUACCAGCAGCCGGUCGCUGGCCAAGAAGUCCACGGACCUGCAGGUCCUGGCGGCCCGAGGUGCGCAGGUGCGCUACGUGCCCAUGGAGAAGCUCACCGGCGGUGUUCUGCACUCCAAAUUCUGGGUCGUGGACGGGCGGCACAUCUACCUGGGCAGUGCCAACAUGGACUGGCGGUCCCUGACGCAGGUGAAGGAGCUCGGCGUCAUCAUCUACAACUGCAGCCACCUGGCCCUCGACCUGGAGAAGACCUUCCAGACCUACUGGGUGCUGGGGGCGCCGAAGGCUGUCCUCCCCAAAGCCUGGCCUCACAACUUCUGGUCCCACAUCAACCGCUUCCAGCCCCUCCGGGGCCGCUUUGACGGGGUGCCCACCACGGCCUACCUCUCCGCGUCGCCGCCGGUGCUGUGCCCGCACGGCCGCACCAGGGACCUGGAAGCGCUGCUGGCAGUGAUGGGGGGCGCCCAGGACUUCAUCUACGCCUCGGUCAUGGAGUACUUCCCCACCACGCGCUUCGUCCACCCCGCCAGGUACUGGCCGGUGCUGGACACGGCGCUGCGGGCGGCGGCCUUCAACAGGGGUGUGCGCGUGCGCCUGCUGGUCAGCUGCUGGCCCCACACGGACCCCAGCAUGUUCCCCAGCCUGCGGUCCCUGCAGGCCUUCAGCAACCCCGCGGCCGGCGUCUCGGUGGAUGUGAAAGUCUUCAUCGUGCCCGUGAGGAAUCACACCAACAUCCCGUUCAGCAGAGUGAACCACAGCAAGUUCGUGGUCACAGAGAAGGCGGCCUACGUAGGCACCUCCAACUGGUCGGAAGAUUACUUCAGCAGCACCUCGGGGGUGAGCCUGGUGGUCAGCCAGAGGCCGCCCGGCGCCCGGCCAGGGGUGCGCACUGUGCAGGAGCAGCUGCGCCGCCUGUUUGAACGGGACUGGGAUUCCCAGUACGCCGUGGGCCUGGACGGGCAAGCCCAGGGCCAGGACUGUGCUUGGCAGGGCUGAGGUCCAGCUCCACGCGGCGCCCCGGCCGCACGGCUCCCGGUGGACGCUGCUUCCCCCCGCACCUCCGCACUCGUCCUCGUCGGGGCUCCGAGCGGCCCAUCCUCCCAGCCCUGCUCGGGGCCAGGACUUCCCGACCCCUGGCAGGUGGAGACUGCUUCCUCGCCCUCAGCUCUCCGCACCAGCCUCUCUUAAACCCCACCUCCUCGGAGAGCCCUCCGGGACGCUCCUCCCUGACCCACAGAGCCACCGUCCCCACCCACAAAGGGGGGCCUCAGAAUACAGACGCACCUCCCUGCC